CGCUCCCUCCACCGUGUCAAGCGCGGGCCGUGCGCGUCGGGCAGCGUAUGGUGCAUGCGCGGGGCCGCCGUGACGUGCGGCGGGGCCAUGGACUGGAAGCAGAGCCUGAGGAACCGCCUGGCAGCGCGCCGCACCCCCAGAAAGAGCGAACAGGAGCUGAAAGAUGAAGAGAUGGAGUUGUUCACAAAGUAUUACAUGGAAUGGAAAGGAGGAAGAGCUAAUGUCAACACGUCAUAUGCAAACAUACCACGAUUUUAUUACAGGCUGCCAGCUGAAGAUGAAGUCUUGCUUCAGAAGUUAAGAGAAGAAUCUAGGGCAGUCUUUCUGCAAAGAAAAAGUAGAGAGCUAUUGGAUAAUGAAGAGCUUCAGAAUCUGUGGUUUCUACUGGACAAACAUCAGACGUCACCAAUGAUUGGGGAAGAAGCGAUGAUUAAUUAUGAGAACUUCUUGAAAGUUGGUGAAAAAGCUGGACCUAAAUGCAAGCAGUUCUUCACAGCAAAGAUUUUUGCUAAAUUACUCCAUAAUGACCCUUAUGGGAGGAUAUCUAUAAUGCAGUUUUUCAAUUAUGUCAUGCGAAAAGUGUGGCUUCAUCAGACAAGAAUAGGUCUCAGUUUAUAUGAUGUAGCAGGACAGGGCUACCUCAGAGAAUCAGAUUUAGAAAACUACAUUUUAGAACUCAUUCCUACUUUGCCACAACUGGAUGGCUUAGAAAAAUCUUUCUACUCCUUCUAUGUCUGCACAGCAGUUAGGAAGUUUUUCUUCUUUCUGGAUCCUCUCAGAACAGGGAAGAUAAAGAUACAGGACAUCUUAGCUUGCAGUUUCCUGGAUGACUUACUGGAGUUAAGGGAUGAAGAACUUUCUAAAGAAAGUCAGGAAACAAAUUGGUUUUCUGCUCCUUCUGCACUAAGAGUUUAUGGACAGUACUUAAACCUUGAUAAAGAUCACAAUGGCAUGCUCAGUAAAGAAGAGCUCUCCCGAUAUGGAACAGGGACCCUCACCAACAUAUUUCUGGACCGUGUCUUUCAGGAGUGCUUAACUUAUGAUGGAGAAAUGGACUAUAAAACCUACCUGGACUUUGUACUUGCAUUAGAAAACAGAAAGGAGCCUGCAGCUCUGCAAUAUAUUUUCAAACUGCUCGACAUUGAGAACAAAGGAUACCUGAAUGUCUUUUCCCUUAAUUAUUUCUUUAGGGCUAUUCAGGAACAAAUGAAAAUCCACGGACAAGAACCAGUUUCUUUUCAGGAUGUCAAGGAUGAGAUCUUUGAUAUGGUAAAGCCUAAAGAUCCUUACAGAAUCUCCCUUCAAGAUUUAAUCAAUAGCAGUCAAGGAGACACUGUUACCAGUAUUCUAAUCGAUCUGAAUGGGUUCUGGACAUAUGAGAACAGAGAGGUCCUUGUGGCAAAUGAUAACGACAGUGUUGCUGAUGCUGAUGAUACGUGACUUUCAACAGGAGUAAACUGCAUCCAUUGAGAUCUCUCUUAACUGAUGCAUUCAUUAACUAUUGGAUGCUGGGAACGUUAUUUAAAUUGAUGCCUCUUCCAUUUUUACUGCCCUCCCAUCUUCAUCUUCCUCAGGCAUGUAAGAUAAAACUCAGUAUGUAAAAAUUAGUUCUGCAGAUUCUUUGAAGUGAAAAGAGCACGUCUUGUUUAAGAGGUAACUACAAUCUGUUGUGUUUUUGGUUUUGCUUUUCAAAUAAAUGUUUUCAAAUUUUUUCCUUAUAUACUGAGCCUUUUUUUAAUUUGAAUUUUCUAGAAUGUGCAUUUAUCUUGAAAUUAAGGAUGUAUUUCUUGAGUAUUCUCAGCACUGCCCGGUAUCCACUCAGUCACAGUGUUCUGCAUGGCUUUGUCUAAUGACAGCACUGUUAAGUAUCCUACUCUAAGGGAGAAAGUCUUCUGUAAGAGGUAAAUAAUAUAGCAUAACCUCCUGUGUAAGUAUUAUAGGAAAUUUAACUUAAUUAUAUAGCUGAGCUACAGCAGUAGUUAAAGAAUGAGUGUUUUACGGAUUUAAUAAAGUCACAUAAGUGUUAUGUAUUUCAGAUGAAAUUAGAAUAGUUGUAUUAGAUAUAGUUGUAGUCCUGUACUGUUUCACGCUUUGAGAUAAUGCUGAAAAUGUGAGUUCAUUAAUACAUACUCCAUGAAGUUGUAAGGAAGGGGUGGUGGUAUGGAGAUGUCUUGAGUGUCAGUGUCUGGAUCUUCUGCCAAGAUGUGUGUGACUCCAGGAAAAUGCAAGCAGUGAACAAGCACUUCACCUGUUUGCAGGCAUAAAAUUUCAACCACCUCACAGUUCCAAAGGAAAAGGCACAGCCAAUUUUCAGUUCAAAAAUUAUAUUAAAUAUAAAAUAACCAAUUAAUGCAUUUACAGAAAAAUUAAACCAUUAUGAAAGUAACCACUUUCAUACAGUUUGCAAAAAAAAACUUAAUCCUUCAGUUAAGGCACAGUGAGUAAUACAGCAUAUUAUACAAAGAAGUUUAACCCCAAGGCUGUGAGAGGUUUUUCUGAUAUACCAGACAGUAGGGACAGAAGAAAACAAACACAACUGACAUUAAUUUCAUGGCAGAAAAACAAAGCAUCUUUCAGCUCUAAAGUUUUCACUAUUAAGCUAAGUGAGGCUUUCUCUUUGCCAUAGUGUAAUAAGAACUCCCAAUAUUUUUCUAUGUAUUCCCCAGGUACUGAUCCAUUCUCUUCCUUGCAGGUGUUCAGGGUGGAAUGAUUUUACACAGCUGUCAGCAACCUCUGUAUUACCAUUCAAAACAAGAGCAUCUAAACAGAUGACUGAAUCUUUCUCAGAAGCUCUGCUGUAGUGUAGAAGGGCACAUGAGAUAAGAAAGAAUCUGUGUUAUACAGGAUACUAGUUCAAAGAGCUAUCUGAAAUACAUAGCUGAGUUCUGCAAACUAAUGCCCAAGGUUCCUGGCCUGUGCUGUUCCAGCAGGCUCCUUGGUUAGUAGAGAAAACAAGGCUGGGGAAAUAUGAUGACAUCUAACAGAAAAAUUCACUGAAGGUUCUUGAAAUUUUUGCAUUCUCAAGGACAGAAACAAUUAUUCAAAUGGUUACUACAUAUUAUAUGUUUUCUGCUAAUCUAUCUGUAACUAUUCUGCAAAGGAAGUGAUUGGGACAGCUACUUAUUUCCCUGCCUGCAGCAGUGACGCCUGAUUGUCCCAAUGUAAACCAUUCAUGUUUUGCAAUUUAGAGCUAGGAUCACAGUCAUUGCAAUAAAUUGCUUUGAUUGGUAAUUGGGGGUAGUUAAAACUGGAGUGAAGCUGCAUUUCACUUAAAAAAGAAUGAGUUGUUUCAAUACUGAAACAAGUUUUUUUUUUUGUUUUUUUUUUUU